GUGGCAUCAUUUCUUGGAAAAAGCUGGUUUUGUUUUCUACGAUAAGUUUCAAUUCAGCAUCAGGAAAUUGCUGCCCUUCUGUUAGAGCAGGAAAUCGGAACAUAGGACACUCAUUCUCGAUUGACUCAGAAUUAAAGGGCCAUCUGAAGCUGUGAAAGAAAUUCAAAGAACAUUAUUUCGAAUGAACAUAAUGAGCAACACACAAAGAGAUUUGUUGAAAGAGAAGCUCGAUCAGCUUCAGUGUCACUUCACGUGGAGCCCUCAGAAGGAAACCAUUGACUUGGAAGAUGUGAUGUACAGAUUGCAAGAUGCUAUAAGUCUCGGUGUGAAAUACCAAGCCACGUGUCACAACCAACUCGCUUUCAUAAAUUGUCUGCAGGGCAAGAAUAAAGAAGCCAUUCAGAACUUAAAUGAAGCUGAAGAGAUUUUGAAGGACAACCACAAAGAUGAAUUUGAAAGAAGCAUCAUAAUCACCUAUGGAAACUUUGCCUGGGUGCAUUACCACAUGGGACAACUGACCGAGGCCCAGUCCUACCUCGACAAGCUGGAGAUGAUCUGCAAAUCACUCAGUGAUGGCCCUCGCUAUACAGCAAUGAUACCCGAAGUGUACGGGGAGAAGGGAUGGUCAUUGCUGAGGUCAGCUAGUCAGUACUAUGAAGAAGCAAAGGAAUGCUUUAAGAAGGCUCUGGUGGAAGAUCCUGAUAAUACGGAGUGGAUUAUGGGGUAUGCAACUGCUCUGUCUCGUCUGGAAUUAUUUUCUGGUACCCCAGAAAAUCGGAAACAGUGUCAGUCAGUGAAGCAUCUGAGACGGGUGUUGGAGCUUGAUCCAGAUAAUUCCAUGGCAAUGGUGCUGUUGGCUCUAAAACUACAACAGCUCAAGCAAAAAGAGACAGCAGCUGAAUUAGUUGAACGAGCAUUGCAGAAAACUCCUGAUUUCCCAUAUGUGCUUCGUUAUGCAGCAAAAUUUUAUAGAUUAGAAGAAGACGUGGAGAAAGCCAUUGGGCUGUUGAAGAAAGCAUUAGAAAUAACUCCACUCUCUGCAUUUUUGCACGAUCAAAUUGCUAUGUGCUACAGAAUUAAAUUAGAUGAACUGAUCAACAAUCCUCGUAGCAGAAACCCUCGCAAUCCCGCAUUUCGCCAGAAAGCAAAGUUGUUCAAUCAAUGCAAGGAUCACUUUGGAAAGGCAUUUCAGUACCGUCCUAAAACCGCUAUUAAGUCACAACUGGAUUUUGCAUGUGUCUGUGUAAGAAAUGGAGAGAAUUCCAAAGCUAAGGAGAUCUACAGUAAUCUUUUGAAAUUAGAUGAUAUUCGUCCAGAAAAUUUGCAGAGAAUAUGUCUACGUGCUGGGACAUUUGAAAUGUACCAGAGAAGGUGCGAAUCAAAUGCCAUCAGCCUAUUCCUUAAAGGACUGAAGGUUGAAUACGACUCAAGUGAACGAAAAAAGUGUCAUGAUAAAUUGAAGAAGUGGACAGAAAAAAAUCUUUGCAAGGAUCCACAUGAUAGUAAGGCUCUUGGUAUGAAAGGGCUACUGUAUCAGCUGAAUGGGAACAAGGCUAAAGCUAUUGAAUACUUCGAGAAGGCCUUGGAGUUUGAUCAUGAGAAUGAGGAAUAUCUGAGUGCUCUUUAUGAAUUACGUCUUUCCAUUGAGGAACAUAAUGACACUUGAAAUUUACUUGCUUCAGCUUGAUCUGAGGAUGUUUGUCUCACUAGUCUCUCGUAGUAUAUUCCUGUAGCACUUUCUUCACUGAGAUUUUUAUUUACUUCUUAAAUUUUAUUUUGAGAUACAGUGCAGAACAGGGCCUUCCAGCACAAUGAGCCACACUACCCAGCAAACAGUUAUUUCACACAGGUGAAAUCAUGGGGCAAUUUAAAAUGACCAAUUAAGCCACGAACUGUACGUCUUUGGACAGUGGGAGAAAACUGGAGGACCAGGAGGAAACUCAGAGAGAACAUACAAACUCCUUACAGAUGGUGCCAGACUUGAACUCUGAACUCCGAACGGCCUGAGCUGUAAUAGUGUCGCACAAACCGUGUUGCUACCAUAGCAACCCUUUAUGAAAGUGUGAUUUUCAAAUAGUAAUUUUGUAAUUAUCCUUUCCAGUCCUUGUGCUUCAUUGAAGAUUACUCACUCCAGUAUUCAGAAACAAAAGUGGGUUUCGGGGAUUAAAGUCGAAAGGAACCAACUCUGAAAAUCAUGAUGAGUCUUCUUAUGAGAUUCCUUGACUGCAGGUGACACGAAGGUUGGUGGUGUAAUGGAUAGCACAGAAGUGGCCAUAGGUUAAAAGGGACCUUUUCAGGAUGCAGAGCUGGGCUGAGAAGUGGUAGAUGGAGUUCAAUCUGCAAAAGUGUGAAGUGAUUCACUUCGGAAGGUCAAAUUUGAAAGCAGAGUAGAAGGUUAAUAGCAGGAUUCUUAGCGGUGUGGAAGGAGAGAGGGAAUCUUGUGGUCCAUGUCCAUAGAGCCCUCAAAGUUGCCAUUCAGAUUGAUGGGGUUGUUAAAGUGUAUAGUGUGUUGGCCUCCAUUAUUGGGGUAUUGCGUUCAAAAGUCAUGCAGUAAAUUUGCAGCUCCAUAAAAUCCUGGCUGGGUCAAACUUGGAAUAUUGUGUUCAGUUCUGGUUGCCUCAUUAUAGGAUGGAUGUGGAAGCUUUACUAAGGAUGCAGAGGACAUUGAGAAGUAGCUGAAUAUAAGUCAAUGAGACAAUAAGAGGGAUAGAUUGAGCUGACAGCCAGAGAGUCCCCCCCCCAGGGAAAAAAUGGCUAAUACAAGGGGGCAUAAUGUUAAGUUGAUUGGAGGAAAGUAUAGGGGGGCAUGUCAGAGGUAAAUUUCUUACACAGAGUAGUAGGUACUGCCAGGGGUGGUGGUAGGGACAUUUAUUAAAACACUGAGAUAGACACAGGGAUGACAGAAGAAUGUAGAGCUAUGUAAGAGGGAAGAAUAGAUUGAUCUUAGAAUAGGUUCAAAGGUCAGCACAACAUUGUGGGCUGAAGGACCUGUGCUGUGCUUUAAAGUUCUAUGUUCUAUGUUUAAAUGUUAAUUGUAUUUUAGUUUUCAAUUUGUAUCUUGUACCUUAUCAAUCAACUGGAAUUUUUGAAUAGUGAUUUUUGAGAUAAGACUGAAUUUCAAAAACACAGUCAAGAUUCCAUCCAAAGACACGCCUGAGAGCUAAAAUCUUAAAUGGCAAGUCUGUCUUAAACAAGUUACAGAAACACCAGCAGAAUAUUCAGUUCAGCCUGCUGGUGACACUCAAGAAUGUCAAAUUAAUGGACUUUCCAAAGGUAGUAUAAUAAGAGGGGUUAAAAAUAGAGGGGCUGAAGGUUUCAGUCUCAGGCCAAGCAAUUCAUGGCCAAGAACAAUGUUUCAAGUCUGUCAUCCAGGCUUGGAAUGCAAACACUCUCAUAAUGGAACUAGAGGUGAAAAGCAGGGUAUGUAAAACACCAGAGUUUAGGACAGGCAUGUUUCUGUAAAGACGAAUGAGAGAGAUGGUAAGGGAUCUUUGGAUGAUGAGAGACAUUGUAGAUUUAGUUAGAAAAAAGGAGAAAGGGGGCAUAUGUAAGGUAUAGGAAGAUGAAAUUGCACAGAGCCUUAAAAGAAAGCUGAAAAGUAAAGGAACAUAAAGAAAACAAGAAAUUAAAAGUCCAAAAUGGAUAUGGAAUUUUCUUGGAGAGUAGUAUUAAAGAGUAUUCCAAGGAAUUUUAAUGUACCUCAAAAACAAAUGGAUAACAAUCGAGAGGGUAGGACCACUCAAGGAUAAGAAAGGUAAUUUCUUAUACUAGAUUUCUAGACUCAAUAGAAAUGGGUGAGGUAUCAGACAAGUAAUUUGCAUUGGUAUUCAUAAAGAGAAGGAAAUGGAGGAUAAUGAGAAUGAUACCAGACAUUCUAUACCUAGGGCAUUUUGAGAUCAAGAAGAUGAUGAUGUUGGAGCUCUUGAAGAAUAUUAAGGGGGAUAAGUCACCAGGGCCUGAUGGGAUCUAUUGCUGGCUAUUCAGAGAAUGAAGGAAAAAAGAGUGCUGAGAUUUUGAAAACUAUCUUUGUAUUGUCUAUGACACAGGUGAUGUCCCGGAUGACAGGACAGCGAUUAAUUUAAUUCCUGAAGAAGGUUCGGUAUGGUAGGCACGCGAGCUGAGCAGUCCGAGUAAAGCUAUUACAGCACCAGUGUCCUAAAUUCAGUUCUGCCACUAUCUGGAAGGACUGUAGGUUCUCUUCAUGACUGCCUGAAUUUCCGCGGGGGGGCUCUGGUUUCCUCCCACAUUCCAAACUCGCACAGGUCGUGGUUACACGGGAAUCAUUUGUGGUGCGGACUCAUUGGGCCAGAAGGGUCUGUAAACAUGAUGCAUCUCUAAGUUAAAAUAAAGAAAAGGAAAUGGGUGAAAAAACAGAAACUUAUAAAUUGGUGAGACUCACAUAGCAGUAGGGAAGCUGUUGGAGAGGAUCAUUAAGAAUAGGAUUUACUCACAUUUGAAAGAACAUAAACUUAUUAGGGACAUUCAGCAUGGCUUUGUGUGGAGCAGAUCAUGUCUUACAAACUUGAUUGAGUUUUUUGAGGAGAUGACAAAGUGAUUGUUGAGGGCAGGACAGGAAAUGUUUAAAUGAACUAUAAUAAGGCAUUUUUACAAGAUCACUUAUGGAAGGUUGAUCAGGAAGAUGAAGACUAGUGGUUUGAAUUCAGAAUUGGCUUGCCUAUUGAAGAUAGAGUUUACUGAUGGAAGAGUGUUAUUCUGGACAAAAGUCUGUGACUAGUAGUGUUCCACAGGAAACACACAUAAAAUGCUGGAGGAACUCAGCAGGCAGUGGAGGAGGCCAUGGAUAGACAGAUCAGAAUGUGAAUGGGAAGUAGAAUUGAAAUGGAUGGCCACUGGGUGAUCCCACACUUAGGUUGGAGGAACAACACCUUAUAUUCAUUUGGGUAGCCUCCAACCUGAUGGCAUGAACAUUGAUUUCUCAGACUUCCAGUAAUGCCCCCCCCAACCCCACCCCCCCUUCUUCACCAUUUCCCAUCCCCUUUUUCCUCUCUCAUCUUAUCUCCUUGCCUGCCCAUCGCCUCUCUCUGGUGCUCCUCCACAUCUGUUAUUUGUUAUGCCCUCUCCCUCUCCUCGUAAACCAGAUUCAUGGGGCGUAGUAAGCAGUUAUUCGUAUAUAAGUAAUUACUUAAAAUAUGAGCAGAUAAUUUGAGACCUUGAAGGACAAUUAUGGACAUAAGAGUUUGGUUAACCUUGAUUCAGCAAUGUAACCCAUUUCUCUAUUCAUUUUCUCUAUUAUAAGAUACGGAUUUUACUUCACCUAUGAUGACCCUGUCUGUCUGUUUGUUUUUAUCUUGUUUGUUCUGUUAUUGGCAAAACAAUAAAAAUAAAGUUAAAAAAAUACGAGCAGAUAAUUAAUUGUUAA